CGGGCCCCUAUCAGUCCCGUCCCUGUAACUUUCCCACGCCGAACUCUAGGGAGAUGCUCCAGGUGCCCGGAGCCGGGAGCGCGCUUGGCUCUGUCUGCCCCGCCCGGCCCCCUCAGGAGCCCGCCGCCAAGUGACGUCCGGCUCCCCCAGCCCAGGCACGGCGGGCGGCACGGGAGACCUGAGAGUCUGGGGCAGGGCUGAAGGACCCGGUAACUUCCCGCGGCUGGAGCAGGCUUGCAGCACCGGACCCGGCAAUGCCGUUUGGCUGCGUCACCCUGGGAGACAAGAAAGAUUACAACCAGCCAUCUGAGGUGACUGACCGAUAUGACCUGGGACAGGUCAUCAAAACGGAGGAAUUCUGUGAAAUAUUCAGGGCCAAAGAGAAGACGACGGGAAAGCUCUACACGUGCAAGAAGUUCCUGAAGAGAGAUGGACGGAAGGUGCGGAAGGCAGCCAAGAAUGAGAUCAUCAUCCUGAAAAUGGUGAAGCACCCCAAUAUCCUGCAGCUGGUGGACGUGUACGUCACCCGCAAAGAGUACUUCAUCUUCCUUGAACUGGCCACAGGCCGGGAGGUGUUUGACUGGAUCCUGGAUCAGGGUUAUUACUCUGAGCGGGACACCAGCAAUGUCAUCCGACAAGUGCUGGAGGCCGUCGCUUACCUGCAUUCGCUCAAGAUUGUGCACAGGAACCUCAAGCUGGAGAACCUGGUGUAUUACAACCGCCUGAAGAACUCCAAGAUUGUGAUCAGUGACUUCCACCUGGCAAAGCUAGAGAACGGCCUCAUCAAGGAGCCCUGUGGCACCCCAGAGUAUCUAGCUCCGGAGGUGGUGGGACGCCAGCGGUAUGGACGGCCUGUGGACUGUUGGGCUAUCGGUGUCAUCAUGUACAUCUUGCUGUCGGGGAACCCACCCUUUUAUGAGGAGGUGGAAGAGGACGACUAUGAGAACCACGACAAGAAUCUAUUCCGCAAGAUUCUGGCCGGCGACUAUGAAUUCGACCCGCCUUACUGGGAUGACAUCUCCCAGGCGGCUAAGGAGCUGGUGACCCGUCUGAUGGAGGUUGACCAGGACCAGAGGAUCACAGCUGAAGAAGCCAUCUCCCACGAGUGGAUUUCUGGCAACGCUGCCUCAGAUAAGAACAUCAAAGAUGGUGUCUGCGCUCAGAUCGAGAAGAACUUUGCCAGAGCGAAGUGGAAGAAAGCUGUGCGAGUGACCACACUCAUGAAGCGACUCCGUGCACCUGAGCAGGCUGAGCUGGCAAAGCCAACCCUGCCAGCUGCCGCCACGCCGGACAGUGCCGCCUCGCCGGCCCCCACCGCCACCCCGCAGCCUACGGCCGCUGCCGCACCUGACAACACCGCCCCGACGGUGGGAGCCCCGUCUACGUGUAAUGGAGAAGAAGCCACUGCCCCCAGUGCUACCCCCGAGGCCUGGACCGAGGAGACCGGCUGAGCAGGAGGGACGGGGUGGGGAAGCACUGGAUCUCUCAUUGUACAUAGUUGCUGGCAUGGUAUCCAAAUCUCCCCUGGCUCUCUGUCUGUCCCUGCUGUGUGCCUAUCUGUCUGACUCUGUCUACCCCCAGCUGGGCCGCUGCAGAGAGCUUCUAUUUAAUAUGUUCCUGAACCUGGAGCGACCCGAUAGGCCCAGGUGGACAGACAGAGGCAGAAGCAGAGCCCCUUGCAUGGAGUUUUCUCUCUCUCCUUUGCUUUUCUUUUCUCUGUCUCCUUUGGUGGCUUUGUUGGUUUCCUUUCCUCACUGGAGGCGGCUCUCUCAGUCUGCCCACUUACUCACCCACCUGAUCCCCCAUCGCUGGGCCAAGUGAGGGGAAACUGGCACAUCAGGAUCAAACACAACCACCCUCCGGAGUUCCAGAUCCAAUUGUUUCCAUACCCAGCACUUGUGUGUGUGUGUGUGUGUGUUUACAGACAGCUGCAUGUAUGUGCUGUGUGUCUAUUGCAGUGUAUGUGUCUCCAGACAUGGGGCAUUUGUGUGGGUGUCCAUAAGAAUUAGUGCGUGUCUGGGUGUCUGAUUAUGCAUCGGUGUGUGUGUGUGUGUAUGGGUCUCUGGGUGGGUGGGUAUGUCCAUAUGUGUAUCCAUGGGUGAACAAGUGUGCGUGUAUUGGGUGCAUUCACCUGGGAGUGGGGAGAGAAGCAAUCCCGAGCCAUUUAGAGAAGGAUUUGAGCACCAGUCUGGAGAGCAGCAGCUGAGCUGAGCCGGCUGGGGGGAUGGGGUGACAGGGAGGUGAGGAGGGCUAGAGAUUCAAGUGGCCUAGGGCAGGGAAGCUGCACUUAGAUCCCAGAUAAAGCUUCCCAUGCAAUUGCUGGCACCGGUGGGACUCCCUCUCCCAUGCCCACAGGUUCCUGUUGAAUCAUAGAAGAUUAGAGUUGGAAGAGACUUCAGGAGGUCAUCUAGUCCAACCCCCUGCUCAAAGCAGGACCAACCCCAGCUAAAUCAUCACAGCCAGGGCUUUGUCAAGCCGGGCCUUAAAAACCUCUAAGGAUGGAGAUUCCACCACCUCCCUAGUAACCCAUUCCAGUGCUUCACCACCCUCAUUGGCUUGCUUGGAGCUUUGGGAGAUGUGCAGAGAGCCAGUAGCCUGGGUGUCCCUCCUCCCUGCUGUAACGGUGGCAUCUGGCCCUGUGGACUGCAGACCUGCCUUCCUCCCUGUGGGUAAGGGAGAUGCCUGAGCACCAGUGCUGCCUCACCCUGGCCAGUAGGCACUGGGGAUGUCCUGUAUCUCCCUAGUCUGCAUCCACAGCAGGCUCCAGGAGGGGCUGGAUCCACGUGGGGGUGAGACACACCAGCCCUGCACUCUGCUCUGCUGCUUUAGAGCCUGAACCCAAGGCAGAUACAGACCAGACUCCACUCACAGUAGCAUCCUCCCAGCGUGACAGUUUUGGUCUCACUGCUGCUCCUGCAGGCUCACUGGUGUCACUGACAGCAAUGGCCCUGCUGCCAGGAGCUGUGGGCAUCAGGGAUGACUGUGGUGGCUCAGUGUGUGGAGGAGCCCAGCAUUUCUGCAUCACAGUCCCUGCUGGAGCGGCCCUGGGAGGAACAAGGGGGCUGCUGGGAACGUCCAAGGGGCUGCAGACCCCUCACAAGAGGUGCCUCUCUAACUGUCCAGUGGCCAUCACAAACCCCUCAUGGCCAGGGGCUAGAACCGCAGCCCUGCUGAGAGCUGGCCCUCCAGUCGCCUGUGUGUGCUGAUCCAAAGGGGUGCGGGAGCCCUGGGUUGGCCUGUCGGAACAAGGGGGAGCAGGGAGGGGUUGGGGGUUGACUCAUCGUCAAAGCACUGUCCUAUGCCUCUUCCUACAACAAUAGUUUUGCCGUUGUGUUUGCAGCCCAUGUGUGACAGCACGCAGCAUGUCUAUGGGAGCAGUAUGGUGUAUGCAUGAGACUUACGCAGCAGAGCUCUGGUCCUGGCUUUGGCUGUGUGAGAUUCAGCCCUUGCUGGGUGUAUUUAUGGAGGAUCUGGGGGUGGGAGUGCUGUAUGUACAUAUAUACUCUUACUGUGUGGAUGUGCAAACAUGAUAACCCCCAUGUGCUCU